CGGAAAGAGGCGGCAAGGGCUGGGGAUGCCAGCUCCUCCCCGAGCGAGCGACGAGCGCCAGCUGCCGCCGGGAGCCGGAGGGACGCGGAAGGACCGUCCCCCGGAGCCGGAGGGGGAGCGCGGCCCUGACACCUUGACCUCCGACUCGGGCCCCCCGCACCUACAGAGAAUAAUCCCCCAAGGUUUGGGCCUCGGUCUGCGGCGUUUGCCACGGCAGCCCCGGGACGCGACACAGUGCGUCUCAGGGAGGCACCUGUGUUGGCACCCACGGGAGGCCGUGGAAGGCAGACCCCUGGGCCCGGCCCAGGCCCCUGCACUCGGUUCUGGGACGGGGCCGCCUCAGAGUCCCCCGCGAGCCCUCCCCCCCCCCCACGAACCGCGGCGGAGUCCGGGGUGCAGCUUCUGUGGCGGACGCAGUAGCAGAAGAGCAGCAUGGCCUGCCGGGGGAGGGAACCCGGAGGGCUUCUCGGAGGAAGGGGUGGGGCUGGGAGGUUUUGAGGCAGAAGAGGGGCGUGUUUCCGGGGGUCCUGCAGGCAGCACGCGGUGUCCUGGGCGGGGAGGUCUGCAGGACCUGGGCAGAGGCGGUCCCCCUGCGCCCGGACCCUGGGACCCCCCACGGGCGAGCUUCUUCGUCAAAGAAAACCGCCUCCAGGGUGGUCAAGCCAGAGCCUGCGUCUCCAAUCCUGGGUCAGAGCCCAGCCGUCUGCACCAAACAACCUCCACACUCGGUGGCUUCGAAAAGUAAGGACAAGCUUCGCUCAUGAUGGAGUCCCGUCAGAAGACGAC